AUGGCUGAUUCGGAGAAAUCGGAAGACGUAGGACCAUUUGUGCCACAAGUUCCUGAUUCUCCAAUACACUAUCCAGAAAACGACAUUGCACAGGUUCAAGAAAUGUGCCAAUUUUGCGAUCAACUCAAGGAAUUGACUUCACGGACUGAGUUCGAACAUCUUGAUGGACUUAAUAUCCUGGAUAGCCUCGUGGUCUACAUGGGUGCUGACAUAGAGGAACCUCUUAGGAAAGCAGUGGAGAAGUAUAUGAUGGAACAGUAUCCUAGAGUUGGAGAAAUGCAAUAUUCCCUCCCAUCAUGCAAUAUUUGGAGAAAUAAGCAUGCUCGUCGUCUCCUAUCUCAACCACAGACAGAAUGCGGAGACGAAUCGGACAUUUCUCCAGAUUAUGAAGCCAUGGUGGUUCUUUUCGAUCGUAUCAAGGCCAUCUGUCAAGGCAAACCGUCUUUAACGAUCGCUGAUAACAAGUGGUGCGCGACUAUUAUUACAAAGGACGACAUAAAGGGUCCAGAAAAUCUUGAAUGUUUUCUCAAAGACAACGGUGUGAAGUUCCCGGACACUGGCGCCAACUUUACAAAAAGUGCAAAAAAGAUAUACAACAGCAUUUUUUCCCUCCAAGUCUGCAUCUCUUCUUCUAUUGAUGUGCCCCGAACACAUCAUUGGGACUUCACAGUUCGAAGUAGUGAUGAUGCCCUGGAAAAAGCUCUGUGCAUUCUAACUCCUGAUCAGAAAAGCGCGGUGGAAAGCCAAUCGAAAUUUGUGUUCAUAGCAGGAGGCUCGGGGACGGGGAAAACCCUUGUGUUGCAGGAGAGAGCAAUCCAAUGUUCUAAAGAAGACAAUGCGGAAGUGUUAGUAGUGAAUUUCGCCGGGGGACUUCUCACGAAUUAUUACCGGAAGCUCUUUAAAGGGGAGAAGAAGAUCGAAGUCGUCGACAGGAGAAAUGAGGACGUCGAAGACGAUCUGGAAACGUUCAAGAAUUUUCUGGAGAAGUAUGUCCUCUCUAAGAUCCCAAAUGGCAUAAGAGGGACAUGGGAGUGGAAAGUGACGGGAACGACGACACACGAUAAUUCGCUUCCUAUUGUCGUCGUCACAGAAUGUGAAAUGAUGGGAUGCCAUCUGAAGAAUAUGACAGUGGUGGUGGAUUUCCCGCAGUCACAAUGGGUAAACUACAUCCGGAUGGUUGUAGCCACUGGAAAGGAUAACAAAAUCCUCUUGAUUGAGGAAGAUGAGUUAACUACGGGAAAAUUCUCCGCGGUCAAGAAGGACAUCCCGUCCAAGAACAUUCGAAGGGUGAAUCCCAGUGAAGAUCUCUACCUGGAAUUGAGAAGGGGAUGGAAGCAAAAUAAAAAGAAAGCGAUUGAUUGUUUGGAGGAUGAUUCCUUCUCUCUUGCAAAUUCUCCUCCUCCUCCUCCUGUCAUGGAGUUAAAUCGGGAUAGAGCGAAGGGAGAAGACGAAGAAGAAAUAGAAGAAAUGCUGUCACACCGGCUCUCUGGGAUAUUUGGAUAUCCGGCGUCAGGAAAAUCCAGGAAAUUAGACAGAGUGAUAGAGCGAGUGAUAAGGAAUCGGGGUCGCGUUCUUCUUUUCCAUUGGGGAAGCCCGUUGUCUAGAGAGCUAUUUCGACAGCGCUGGAAAAAUGAGGAAUAUGUGAAACUCAUCGAGGAAAAUGUAGCAGUAGGAGAGGAAAUUGGAGACACAAAGUCUCGUUUUGAAAAUUUGCUGGCGUUCGAAAACGCCCUUACGCAGUGUGUGAAAUAUGUUCCGAGGUGGGAAAAUAACAAACUAACAGAGAUAUUUAUGCUGUUGGUUCGCCGGGGUCCAAUGGUCGUAAUCGUGGAAGACUGUCCAAUAUUGAAGGUGAUGGAAGAUGAGCAAAUGAUAGAAAGGAUCGUGAAGCUACUGAAGAAAAAGAAGAAGAAACUCAUUCUCUCCUUCACGUCCCACUCAGAGAACGCCAAUAAUAUUUCCCUUGAAAAGGUCAUGGAAGUGUUGCGGAAGAAUAGGAGUUGCAAUGUCAUUCAACUCCAGACUCAGCCGACAGACAUGAAACUGAUUCGUCAUAUCGAAGGAAAUGAGACCUCGACAGUUUUGAAGUUGAAUGCAAAAAGUUUGUACACAAUAUCAACACCUAGCGCCACUGUCUCCGGCAAGAUCCUAUACAUGAAGCCUUGUUACGAUUGCUCAGGACAGCAUUGGGGAUAUCAUUGCAAGGGAAGACAGGAUUGUGCUCCAUUUAUCAAAAUCAACGAGCGUGUUCUAUCUCUCUUGCUCGACUUUGCUCUAUCCAAUAUACAUGACGAUGAGGAACCAUAUGUAUUGGUUUCUAAUGAAAGCCUGUUAUCUUUCCUAAAGACUACGCAUGCAAGCCUCUCUCAAGUUCAUUUCUUGCACCCGAGGGAGUUUUGGGGUUGUGAGGCAACUGUGAUCAUCUCCAUAAACAUUACUGACGAGUGGCUUCUGGAAGUCAUAUCGAGGAGCAGAGUUCAAUUCAUUGUUAUAGACAGCAUUCCUUCCCAUACUGAAUUAUGGAACACGAUGCUGGAAGAAAAACGUAUCGAACCUAUGGAAAAAAAAUUUCCCAUGAACCUCUCUCUCCUCAACGGAGACGCGCUUCUAUUAGAUGAAAAAGGGAAGUUCCUCGAGUAUCCAACGUGGGACGAGGCAGGAAAUCGAAUCGGCGAGGAGGCGGUAGGGAGAGGGGACUUUUUGGACGAAAUCACUGGAAAAAUCCUCUCCCUUGAGAAAGAAACAUGGGAAGCCAUCAAGAACGACCUUUCUCCAUCUUCCUCCUCCCCAUUCACUGAUUGGGGAUAUUGCUAUUAUUCUGAACGGAAAGGAGUUGUACCGAGGUUUGAUGAGAAGGAGAAUAAGAAAAUCCUAGAGAGCCUCGGACAGAAGGGGGUGGAGUGGACGUAUGAGCACAAUCCCCCCGUGCCCCUGGAGACGAAGAGGAUAGAGAGUGGAUUUGAGGGAGAAAUUUUGCAAUCCCUGUCUUUAUGGAUGACGGGAUCCCUUCUCCACCUUCAUCUCCUGAAGGUUCUUCCCUCCGUCAUAUCUUUACGUCAUUUUUUAUCCUUUACUCCGGAUGUUGGCGUCUUCGCCUCCGCCUCCGGUCUCUCGUAA